GCGAUGAACGGAAUGGCCAUGCCGAUGUCGUUUGCGAUACUGAGCAAAGUGAGGAACUACAUCACGGCGUUGAUGAAGGCGAUGACGGACUACGGGCUCGGUACGGUGCCCUUGGAGUUGCUCGAGUGCUCGGAAGCCUUCCGGCAGCCCAUGUACCCUGGCGCAAGUGAGCGCCCGAAGUUCAUCUCCAAGACGGUUGACGAGGUGAUGAGAGCAUACGCAUCCGGGAUCGCAAUUGUCGGAAAGCCAGACCAGCUCGCAAACCUCGCGACCGCCAAGAUCCUGUCCGAGGACGAGGAG